AGAAGACGGCGGCGGCGGCAUGGCUGUUGCGUCAUCAAUAUGCGUCUAUCAAAAUAGUGACCAGAAGCGGGAAUUUGACCGUUUGUAAACGAUCUCCGAGGAUAAAUCGGGUAGAGUGUCGUGUCACCAUGACUCAGAGAAAGAAAGGGUCCAGCUCUCAGAACCCAAGGUCUGCGGAUGCUACACUUGCUGAGGAAGAGGAUGGUGAUUUUUCUUUCACUCAGCUGACUACCUCACAGGUUCAGAGAGGCCUUGAAAAGUUCACAACUGCACAGGUUGACCAGAAGACAGCCGAGGUGGUGCAGUAUUUCUUAGUGAAGGACCAAAAGAAGAUUCCUAUACGCCGAGCAGACCUUGUGAAAAAUGUAGUGAAAGAGUACAGACACAUUUACCCUGAGAUCAUGGCGAGAGCAGCACGUACGUUUGAUCAGGUAUUUGGCCUCCUACUGCUAGAAAUUGAUCCCAAAAGUCACAUAUACAUACUGAUCAAUAAGCUGGAGCCGGCUGAUGGAGCCCCACCGAUCGAUAGCCCUGCCAAUCCAAAGACGGGUCUGCUGUUUGUGGUUCUAAGUGUUAUUUUUAUGAAAGGAGGUGUAGUAAAAGAGAGUCUUAUCUGGAAUACACUGAAAAAACUGCGUGUAGACCCUGGAGAGAAACAUGAAGAGUUCGGUGAUGUAAAGAAGGUCAUCACAGAUGAGUUUGUGCGCCAGAGGUAUCUGGAGUUUGUGCGAAUUCCUCACACUGAACCAGUCGAGCACGAGUUCCGCUGGGGUCAACGUGCUGACCUGGAAGUGUCCAAAGCUAAAAUCCUCGAAUUCAUGGGUCAGCUUCAUGAACAGGACCCUCAGAGCUGGACUCAGCAGUACAGAGAAGCCCACUCCACCCCCAACUCCCCACAGGCUAGCACCAGCAGCCAGAGAUAAUGCUGUUCGUGUCAUUACUGAUUCUGCUGUUCGCAUUUUCUUUUUGAAUGUUGUGGUGGUGAAGACUUUAGGAUCACAUCCACUCAUCGUUAUGAACUUUGCUCAUAUCUUUGUUCUUUGUCUGGAAGAGCUCGAUACCACACCCAAACAUUUCAGGUGAACAGUUUAGUUUUAUUGCAUGAACUUUAAGUUGACAGUUACAUUUUUCAAGUUUAGAAAAUAAAAUCUUUAAGAUUAUACAUU